AUGACAAACCCACAAAACAAUCCUGGAACUCCACCACAACCCACUCCCUCUAAUUCAUCUACCCCUCCUCCACCUAGUAUAUCUCCCAAACCCAGGCUAAGAAGGGUGAAAAUGCUUGCUCGAAAAAUAGUAGCGUCUGGGGCUCUCAAAAAAAAAUUAAAUGAGAAAUUAAAGGCUAGCCAAGUCCAAGAAUCUGACUCCAACUCUGAUUCUGAGUCAUACAAAUCCGCCAGUGAGGGGGGAGGACCUGGGUCUUCUGACUCUAAAAAGACUAAAGAAUCUCAUUCUAAGGGAAGAGCUACAAGAAGCAGGGUGAAGCAGAGUGAGAGUGAUCUUCAAAAGGCUCUAGCUGAGAGUAAGAAGAAAAAGUUGGCUAAAGGAAAAGGGAAGGUUGCAGAGUCCUCAGAGGCUGUGGAGGUUGAGGAGAUGGAACAGGUCCAUCAGGAGGAACUUCAAAUAUUGGAGGACAAGGUCUGCAGUGAAAAUAAACAAGUAAGAAUUUCUGAAGAUGAGGAAUGGAGUGGAGAGGAAGAAAAAGAAGAUGAUGAGUCUGAUGGUGAAUAA